AUGGCGGAGUUACGUCUACCUAGCAGAUUGUUGUACAGCGAACUAUUAAAUGACUCUCGUCCUGUCGGUCGGCCAAGGAAGCGAUUCGUGAAUCAAGUGAAAAGCGUACUUCAGAGAUGUAACAUCAACUCGCCUGGACUUGAAAAAAUAGCGAAAGAUCGGUCUACAUGGAAGAAGAUUUGUGAAGCUGGUCUCAUAGGUCUUAUGUUGGAAUGGACAAAUGCCUCUUACAGACGUCGACUUAUAAGUCAUCCAGCAACAUCCAGAGAAUUGAAACCAACCCAUUGUGCUAAACUCUGCGCACCCAAUGUCACUUACUAG